UAAAAGUGUAAACAAAUCCGAUCAUAACUCCAGCAACCAGACGCAUCUAGUAGGCUGUUAACGGGCCUGGCGUUUAUUCUCUGUUUGUGUUUGUGCGAUUGAAAUUUUCGACAGAUUUGUUUCGACACCAAACUUUGGCGACAUGGACGCGCACCGUGGCGCGCCUCCGGCCGGGCAACAAGUCGUGCACGUCCGCGGGGACUCGCAGACUGAGCUGGAGGCCCUCUUUAGCGCCGUGAUGAACCCCAGCAAGUCGGACAGACAGCCACCCUCUCUGCCCAUGAGGAUGAGGAAACUGCCGGACUCUUUCUUCAGGCAGCCGGAUUCCCGAGGCCACUCCAGACAAGCCAGUUCAGAUGGAGGUGUGUGCGGCACCCUCACUCCUCAUCACGUCCGCGCCCAUUCCUCGCCUGCAUCCCUCCCCGUCAACUCACUCUCCACUCAAGCAGCAGAUGUAGCAGCGAUCAUACCUGACGACGUGCCACUCCCCCACGGUUGGGAAAUGGCCAAAACGCCUACUGGCCAACGAUAUUUCCUCAAUCACCUGGAUAAGACAACCACUUGGCACGAUCCUCGACUUUCGCAGCUUCAGUCGGCUGCAGCUCAGCAUCCCAUCACUGGCACUCCGGUCCACGCCCACUCUCUCAGCAACCCAGCACCCACUACACAACCACAAAACAUCAAUCCAGAGACAGGUCCACUGCCUGAAGGCUGGGAGAAGGCUGUGACUGCAGAUGGAGAGGUGUACUACAUCGAUCACAUAAAUAAGACCACCGCAUGGGUCGACCCGCGUCUAGCUCAGAAGAUGAACCCUGGCAUCCUUGGCUUGGCUCUGCAGCAGAGGCAGGAAAAGGAAAGGCUCAGAUGCAAACAAGGCCUCCCCCAACAAAUCACACAGGAGGCAGGAGGAAGGAACCAGAUGCCCGGUGGGAUGGACCAUGACAGGAACGCACAGACACUUGUCCCUUCUCUGGAUGUCCGAAUCAGAGCCUCGAACCACGAACCCACACUUAAUGGCGCUCACUCUCGCAAUGAGAGCACUGACAGUGGCCUGAGCGUAAGCAGCUUACCGCGCACGUCGGACCACAUGUUGAGUUCUGUGGAUCACAUGGACACUGGUGAUUCCGGCGACACGUCCUCCAUGACCCUGCAGGAGUCGAUGCCUGUGCUCCCGAUGUCUGAGGGCGAAGAGCUAAUGCCUUGCAUCCCCGAGGGUCUCAGUUCAGACCUUCUGAUGGACAUGGAGACUGUUCUCUCUGGGUCGCACAUGGACAGAGACAGCCUGCUCACCUGGUUAUAGACACACCCAGCCACCGCCCCGAAAAGGGUUUCACGUCAAAUCUUCAAACAUGACUUGAGAGAAUUCUGAAGAAUCUUUGGCUUCAAAAGUGGUACAGAACAACAUUACUACUGCUGUGUGAUGGAUACCUAACACUAAUCGCACUAUCACAGAAGGUGGUAAGCUGCUGGUGUUCUCCUCUUUUUGGUCCUGGUUUUACAGAGAUGCAUGACGGAGCAUCCAUAUUUUUACAACACUCCUUUCCUUUUAGUCAUCAACCUCGGAUGAUGCUUUCCACGUCUUUGGUGAAGUGUGUCACAGCUAAUUUUAGUCAUUUUGAGUACAGCUUUCUUUUAUUAUCCCCACUUGGUUAAUCGUAAUUGUGGCAAACAUUUAAAAACACAGUUUCAAGUCCAUGAAGUCUGCAUGUCACAGUUACAUAAAUGUAAAAAAAUAUGUGUUCAAAUAACAUACAAGUUACUCAAAAGAUAUCAUAUUCACAUUGCCCUCCUUAACCUCAUAUAGCUUGUGAGAUAAAAGAGCAACAUGUGGUCUUCCGAUGUUCUUCAGGAGCACCAGGCCUGAGAGCAAAAGAUGAAUCAAAGAAUUUAUCUUGAUUUACACUACAUUGGUUACAUUAAACCAAAAAUCCCUGCUCAAAAUACUCAAAUUUCACAUUACACUGCUACACAGAAACAUCAGGGGGGAGAGGACGCACCCUUGUGGUAAGCCAGCAGAAGAACACUAACAAGAUUGUUAAGCUCAAACAUUUAGUUACACAAGCCAAAAAACAGUAUUAUAACUGGUAAGUCACUUAAAAGUCUGUGUGGAAUACCGUUGAGGUUUUCCAUAAUUAAGUAAAGGAGGAUACUCUUUAUCUUUGGUCACAGAGGAGACUUCUUUCCUAACAAAUGCCUGUCAAAAGCCUUCACAGUUAGAGAAAUAAAGGGCUUAGUCUUAACUUUGUGCACUAAAAUGACAUUAAAGUGUAUUUUUAGGAUUUCUCUUUAAAGAGAGGAAUGCUGGACUAUGAAGAGCAUGUCUACAGUAAAUGAACACAUGUUCAGUAUAAUGCAAUCCAACAUAACACAGCGUUUCCCCCCCAAAAAACACAAUACAUUUAUUUAGUAGAUGGAGGCCAAAACCACCGCCACACUAGCUAUAUGGCCUUUGCUGUGUCAAAUAGCUUAUCUGCUCUUUUUCCCUUGAGAUGUAUUUUAUUAAAGUGGUUUCAUUUGAUUAAUUAGCCUACCACCACACUUAAAACCCUGCAGGAAAACACUGCUAUAAAAUCACAAAGAUACUAAUAUUCGGUUGUUGUUAAUACUGUUAUAGUUUUUGUUGUUGUGUUGGAUUGCAUUUUAUUGUUAAGUGUUCCUGUCAUUUUGUCCACUCCAGCAUUGAAAAUAAGCUUCACAAAGGUAGUAUUUAUUGGAGAUUGUUUUAUUGGAUUCCAGGAUUUUGUACAGUUGUAAUAUUAUUAUGUGCACCUCUUGUUUAAGAAAUGAUGCCACAUAGUUGCCAUCAGGGCUUGGACGUUAUCUCUCCUUUGUCUUCAGCAGAGAUUUUAAUUCCGAGUGGCUCUUACACUGGCCCAAAUCAUAAAAGAAAAAUAUUCAAUUAAUAACUUUUCUCACUUUUCCUACUAUUGGUUUAUACAUUUCUCAUAAUUUUCUUCUUCACACCUUAAGCAUCUAUUCAUUCAGUGGCAUCAUAUGUUUGUUUUUUUCCACAGAAAGACAAACAACCAGUAACUGUCUCAGCCACAUUUUUAAGUUUUAGCUCCUAAACUACAACUAAUACGGUACAAUAUUAGAAUAUUCUUUUUUUGAGGAUUCUCUAGCAAAUGCAACAUUUUAUGUUAACUCAUUAAUGAACUAAAAUUAAUUAAUAAUAAAAAACACAGUAAAGUACAAUCCCUUUUAUGCAAGUUUUGAGGAUUCUGCUAAUACAUUUUUGUAUUGUAUGGAUUAGAUGCCUGAAACAAUAGUAAAAAACACAUUCAAGUAGCAGAGCAGCGUGAUUGUGUUCAAUAACUAGCAAUGAUGUAAAAUGUAUUUCUUGUAAAUACACUAAAGACUGCAUAAUCACUGGUUAAAAAAUAAUCCUGUAAUAGUCAGAGACAUUAAGAUACAAGUUUGACACUUAACAGAGUAAAAGGACCUGUUGGGCCUUCUCAGAAAAGCAACAUACUAAUUGCAGAUGCUGUGUUCUUGGUAUAUUUUGUUCUAACUGCUAGUGCCAUCUGGUGCUGUUAUCAAUCAUCAGUAAGGGGAGAUCUUUGAUUCUCCACUUUUAGUUAAACUAUAUAAUAAGUAUAUCAUUCGUUUUUAUCCGCUGGGUUGUUUCUGCAGUGUGUUUAUAUUUGAUCUGAAUAUGAAGCUGUUGAUUAUUGGUGGUUCUUCUAACCAGCUUCAUUUUGAGUAUUCACAGUAUUUAGAGGUCAAGUCUUCAUUCACAACAUCUCCAAAUAGAGAGCAAAGUCACCUAAUCUUUUCUAAACUAAAGUACCCUGGGCCUAGAGUGACUUACUGUUCAUAAUGCAACACACUACCUAUAGCCUUUUAUUUAUCUUAGCAUGCAUGGCACUUGCUAUCUAUGUUUUACAUAUAAUAUUGUUUAUUAUCCUAUUUACAGGGAGUUUGGAGGCAAUCAGACUUGUUUUGUACCUUUGUAUGCAUGUGCUUUAUAUAAAUAUAUUUCUUCUCACCCUCACUGUAAUCAUUUUAAAGAAGUUUCAGUUUAAUAAACUUUUAAAUACACCUGGCAA